AUGAAGACCAUUACAUCACUUAUGCUAUUGGCCUCGGCCGGCUUGGCCAGCGCCGCCAACAGAGCCGCCAUGGACCGAUUGAUGUCCAUGAAGCUGGAGGCCCAGGACAACAUGGAAAGGGACGGUCUCUUCGAAGCCGGUAGAUACCGUGCUUCCCGCCAGGUCAAAUGUGUGGACGGGAAGGCGGGUGAAUACUCCUGCAACAAUGUUGACUUGCACGGAUUCUUGCCCCACGAGGAUCUCGGCAGCCAAACCAGAAGGGGUAACGACAUUUGGGGCUGGACCUCGCGGGAUGGCCGGGAAUUCGGCGCUGUUGGACAAACUGACGGAACCGCAUUCGUGGAAAUUAUGAAGGACGGCAGCCUCGAGUAUAGGGGCAGAUUGCCAACCCAGACCUCAAACAUCAUAUGGCGUGAUAUGAAGGUUAUCGAUGGAUACGUGUACAUCGGCGCCGAGUCACCAAACCACGGUCUCCAGGUCUUUGACAUGAGAAAGUUGCUCAAUGUCACAAGGCCCGUCACCUUCGACAAGACCAAGGACCUAACUGCGUGGUACCGUGGCUUUGGAAGCUCACACAACGUUAUCUCCCAUGAGGAGAAAAAGAUGAUUUACGUUGUGGGCACACCCCGCAAUUCUCCCUGCAAGGGAGGUCUCUAUAUGCUCGAUGUUUCCAAUCCCGCCAAGCCAACGUCGCCAGGCUGUGCUCACCAGGAUGGAUACGUGCAUGACGCCCAAUGUGUCAUCUACACUGGGCCGGAUAGGCAAUUCAGGGGCCGCGAAAUUUGCUUCAACUACAAUGAAGAUACCCUCACCAUCAUGGAUGUCACGAACAAGCGCAACCCAAAGAUCAUCUCGAAGACCCCAUACGUCGGUGCUGCGUACACACACCAAGGCUGGCUGACCGACCCCGUCAAGAUGGAAUACCUCCUGCUGGAUGACGAGCUCGAUGAGAGUGACAAGACAGGUGAAGCCAAGAACGGCCACACCACCACCUACAUCUUCGACAUCAAGUCGUUGAAGAAGCCCAAGCACACUGGAACCUACCAAUCACCCGUCAAGUCGAUCGACCACAACCAGUAUGUUGUCAACGGCCUUACGUACCAGGCCAACUACGGCAGUGGCCUCCGUAUUGUCGACAUCAGCUCCGUCGAAAGGGAUCCCACUGGCAAGUCGUUCAAGGAAGUCGGUUUCUUCGACUGCCACCCUGAAGACGAUGAGCAAGGUGGUGUGGUUGACUUCUUUGGUAGCUGGAGUGUGUACCCAUACUUCAAGAGCGGAUACACCCUCAUCAACAGCAUUGAGAGAGGAGUCUACUCCGUGAAGUACACUGGGCCAGGAAGAAAGUACCACUGA